AACCGGGGCGCGUUCUCAUGUGUCGACUAAUAAUUUUGGGCCGUGCAGUUACCAAGUAUAAUUUUGGUCAGAAAUUUCGUCUGCUACGCACGGUACCUCACUGCUAGCCUACUAGUACUAGUGCUAGAACCCGAUGCAGUCACACUGGCAUUGUCACAUGGGUUCCUUUCCUAUGACGAGAUCUAUGCAAUACUACUGGUGCACCACGAUAAAGAAUGAAAAUAAUGAUAUAUCCAACAACACCAUGGAUUACAAAUCACAAUUUUACUACUAGGUUGUUAAGUAUAUAAAACAAUGGCUGAUAGUGGUAUGAAUGUGAAUCAGGCUACAGUUGUGACAGCAGGCAACCCAAAUAUACAAAUAGUCUCCAUAGAAUCAUCACAUGUAGUUAGUCAGUUUGAAGAUGGAAAUUCAUUGAGUGAUGCCGAUAUAAAUAUUGCUGAUGGUAGUGGUGAGCCGCCAAUUAAAAGAUUUAAAAUUGAAAAUGAGCCCGAGAAUGAAAUCGACAUGGACCAGUCCCUUAAGAUUGUAUUGUUCAACAUUAAUAGAGCUAUAUGUCUCAGAUUAGAUGGUAUUGAGAAAAAACUUGAUUCAUUAGAUCAAAAAACAAAAUAUUUACAGAACAGAGUUGAUCAGUUAAUGAAUGAUACCCAAAAUAAAACUACUAACUCCAAUUAUCAUAAUAUCAGAAAAGGUGCUGUUAUUGUUGGGUUACCACAAAAUGGCAAAGCACCGGCAGAAGUUAUUUCAGAAACUGUAACCAACACAGAUAAUGUACAAAGUUUAGGACCGAAUGUCACACUUAUAACUCUUAACUCUGAAAGUGACUAUCCUAAUGGUUGUUGGUUAGGUGAUGAAAAUAAUCCUGAAAUGCGCGUAAGAGUACCAAUAAGUAAAAGUGAUCUACUUCACAUCCAUUCCAAUUGUCGUACAUCAGAGAAAAUGGCCUUGACAUUAUUAGAUUAUUUAUUUGAUCGAGAUACACAAGCUAACUCUAAUUUGUCUGGUAUGGGUCGUCAUGGUAAAAAACAACUUGAUCCUCUAAUGAUAUAUGGUAUUAGAUGUCAUCUUAUCCACCGUUUUAAUGUCACAGAAGGUGAUUGGCAUAGAAUUAAACAGAAUAUUGAUUCAAAAUGUCGUACUGCAUUCCGUCGUCGUCAGAGAGGCCAGCCUUUAACAGUGAAGGCUUUUCGAGGUAAAGCAGGAACAUCCACAGUUGGUAAUGAACAUAUAACUAUAAAUUCUCAAGAUCAAGGUUAUAGCGAUGAAGAUUCUUUAAGUCAUGAUGAUUCCGUCUCAGAAUUACACAUUCAUCAGGGUGAUGUUGAUAUUCAACAGGCAGUCUCUAUGCACGAUGGUUUAGGUCAAGGUGAAAUACAGAUAUUACAUGCUACACCUGAACAGAUAUCACAGUUACAACAAGCUCAUCAUAUACAAAUAUUACAAGGAGAUCAGGUUAUUGGGCAAUUACAGUCAGGUGACAUGACCUCAUUAGCAGACGGUAUUCAAGUAGCCACGGUAACAACUGAAUCAGGAGAAGUUUUACACAUACAGCAAACAUCUAAUUCGAGUCAGGCUGUUGUAACAGAGGCAACUACAGAAUCUGAAUUACAAGAAUAGUCAUCAUUCUUUUAUCUGUCCACUGUAUACCAGAUUUUUAUACUAAAAACUAAAAAACUAUACAGUUUAUUUAUUUUGUAUAAUGCAGCUUGAAGGGGUAAAAAUAUAAAGAUUUGGUUAAACACAUGAAGACUGAUAAUGUUGUUUAAACUCCAUACAGAUGUAACAUAGUCCUUAAUCAGCCUGGCUAUCUUGCCAUUAGAAAUGCAAAAAUUUUAUAAAUGAACUGAAUAAACACAAGACACAAUUCUGUUGAAUAUAUUUCCAGUGUAUUUCAUUCGACUAACUAUGUUUCUCUGGUAUUUCAUCCGUUACUGUAAAGAAAUCCUGAACACUUAUAAGUGAAUCGCUGCGCUAUAGAAAAGAUGUAAAUAAUAAUAAAUUAUAAUUAGUGAUUGUAUUGUAUGUGUACGAACUGAAAACCUUGAGUAUUGACUGGUUAUUUACUUCUAGAGUUAUGGUCCUUGCUUCACUUUAUAGAAUCUUAUAAACAUUCUAAACCAUGAAAGUUACCAUCUGAUCUGUAAGGUAUUUAUGUGCUUUAGGCCAAAUAAAAAAAAUGUAUUUUGGAUCUCGGAUACAUUUGCAUCACUUAUAAAGAGCCGCAUAACCUGUUUUUAUUUUUUUUAAAAAAAACAAUCCCAAAACAGAUCCAUUAAUUGUUGCAUUUAAAUGUUUUCUCCGGGUUACAGGAAGUAAAUAUGGUAUGUAAUAAAAAAAAAAUUGAAUGAACUGUAGACGCAAUUAUCAAAUAUGCAUCCCUGAUAAAUGUUAUUGACAAUCAUAAUUGAUACUGAAUAAUCAUAUUAUUUAACAAUGUGAUGAGAUAAAUGUAUUUUCUUAAAAUUUAAAUUGUGGUGCUUAUUGUAAGUAGUAGUGAUACUUUCACAAAAUAAAAUCACACCAACUAAAACUCCCUACUCCAUCAGAUUUUUAGAAUGAUUGUCUGAGAACCAGAAUAUUGUUUUUGUAUGGCCUUAUUUAAAUUAGUGAAAAUAAGAAACUUCUUGAAUAUCAAGAGUUGCUCUUGUGAAAUUGAAGAAUUUUGUGAACAUUCAAACAACAAAAGUUAUUGUGUGUUCUGUAUGAAAUUAAUGUGUGUUAUUUAUAUUAGCAAAACAAAGAAGCAUAUUGAAUUUCAGUUAAUUACUUCUAAUUCGUUCUAAAGGUAAAGAGGGACAAGAUGAAGUGUGUUGUUUCAUUUAGUGGAAGAAACAUCUCUCUACAUCAGAUUAAUCAAAACAAGACUUGAUUUUCCACAUGAAAGUUGUAUUUUCAUUAUGAGAAUUUUAAAUUCAAACAUGUGAUGUUGAUAAAUAUUGAAGUGGUGCACUAUAUAUAUUUAUUUGUUUUGCCUGUUUUUGUUUAUUUUAUUGUGAAUCAGUUGUUAUUUAUAAUUAUAAUAUUAUUAGAAUGUGAAAUAGUCCAUAAAAGUGUACAGUUUGCAAUUAAAUUUAUUUUUUCAAUAUGAGAACUUU